UAAUAACCUUUCGCUUGAUUGUCGGCAGAGGUUCUGAUUCCAGAAGAUUGAAUCAACGAGCCUACGAACGAUUUCAUUCAGUCAAUUGUCACUGGGCUAUCUCGGUGCUGCUACCUGCACUCCAGUCCCCAACUGCCAAAGCGCCGACUACCGAACAACACGCCUGCCUGGCCUACAUUCAACCACAAUCAACCAGCUCCCAGUCCAUAGCCCCACUCGGACGCGAAGGCGAAUACAAUCCUGUCACCGCCGCCAUGAAUAUUGUCGAAUGGGCGUUUGGCAAGCGCAUGACUCCCGCCGAGCGGUUGCGCAAGCACCAACGUGCCCUCGAGAAGACCCAGCGUGAACUGGACCGCGAGCGCGUCAAGCUAGAGAACCAGGAGAAGAAGCUUGUACAGGACAUCAAAAAGAGUGCCAAAAGUGGUCAGAUGGGCCCGCUUCGGAUACAGGCCAAGGAUCUUGUGCGGACUAGAAGAUAUAUCCAGAAAUUCUACCAGAUGCGCACACAACUACAGGCUAUCUCAUUGAGGAUUCAGACGGUACGAAGCAAUGAGCAGAUGAUGCAAUCAAUGAAGGGCGCGACAACACUACUUGGAAGCAUGAAUCGGCAGAUGAACCUGCCCGCGCUGCAGCGCAUCGCUGUGGAAUUCGAGAGGGAGAAUGAUAUCAUGGAUCAACGGCAGGAGUUGAUGGAUGAUGCCAUUGACGAGUCUAUGGGAAUGGAUGACGAGGAAGAGAGUGAAGAGGUGGUGAAUCAAGUUUUGGAUGAGAUAGGCGUUGACCUCGGUCAAGCUUUUGGAGAAACACCAACGAAUAUCCAAAGCAAUACCGUUACUGAAGGCAGAGUUGCUCAGGCAAUUGGAGGUGGAGGCGGUGGAGGAGGAGCAGACCCUGGAGACGAUGACCUGCAGGCUCGACUGGACAGCCUGCGGAGAUGAGGUUCUU